CCGGGUUUGUGGAGCGGGUGUGCGAGUGGAGCUGUGAUCUGCGCUCUUCUACAGUCUGAGCUUCUCCUCCUCCUCCUUUGACUGUAACUCUGAACACUUGUAGACCUCCAUCUCUCUGUCACCCACAUGAGCGCAUCGUUCUCCUCCCGCCGGGCCGAGCGCCAUGCCUGACCGGGAUAGUGCCUACCUGGCAGGUGGCGGUGGGAGUGGCAGCGGGGACGAGGGAGGGUCUGGGACAGGGGUUGGGGAGGGCCGAGCAACAGCAGUGGGUGGCUCAGCAGGCGGCACGGGUGGAAACGGAGGUCCCGGAGCCAUGGGUGGAGGCGGAGCUUUAGGAAACGGCAACAGCUCCAGUAGUGCUUUGGGACUAGAUGGCGUUUGUAGGGACUUUUUACGCAAUGUGUGCAAGCGUGGCAAACGAUGCCGCUUCCGACAUCCUGACUUCAAUGAGGUUCCAGAUCUUGGAGUGCAGAAAAACGAGUUCAUCUUCUGCCACGAUCACCAGAAUAAAGAGUGUGUGCGGCCCAAUUGCAGAUUCGUUCACGGGUCAAAGGAAGACGAGGACUAUUAUAAGAAAACAGGAGAGCUUCCGCUCCGGCUCAGAGGAAAAGUGGCGGCCGGAUUGGGACUGUCUCCGACCGAUCUCCCGUUUAGUCGUGGAGAGGUGCCUAUUUGCCGGGAUUAUUUGAAAGGAGAGUGUCAGCGGGGGAAUAAAUGCAAGUUUCGGCAUGUCAGGAAGGACUACGACUAUGAAGCCUCGUCCCGGGUUGGAGUGGGAUGUAUGAUAGGAGUCACCGGUGGUGUUAGCGGGAUGGUGAACUCUGGGGGCGGAGGUGCAGGAGGUGUUGGUAGUGCUUGUGGAGGGAUGGCUGGACUUGUUGCUGGUGGUGUAGGGAACUAUAUUGGGAUGGGGUGUCCCAGUCUGGGAGGAUGCAGAGAACAAGGUCUGUCGGGUGGAGUAGGCGGUGGAGGUUCAUUGAGCGGCUGUUUGUCAAUUGGGACAGCGGGUCACAGGCGAUACGACAGGGGCCCGUGCUCUGUCUACGACCCUUUGUUUGAGAAUGGCAUUUUUGAAGCGGGGCCCGUGGAGGCCCCUGUGGACCACACUGUCCUCCAGCUGAAGAGACGGCGUUUAGAGGGCCUGCGACUUGCUGACGGGACCAGCGGUGGACAUUAUGAUCUUGGUCUUCAGGCCACACUGGCGACCCGACCUGUAGAGUAUCGCUUACUGGAGGAGGAGAAUGCCCUGCUGAGGAAGAGAGUGGAGGAGCUGAAGAAACAGGUCUCCAAUCUCAUAGCCACCAACGAGGUGCUUCUGGAGCAGAACGCUCAGUUUCGUAGCCAGGCUAAAGUGAUGACUCUGUCCUCCACCCCUGCUCCGUCUGAGCAGAGUCUGGCACCCCCUGUGGGCUCUGUGAGCUCCUACAACCACGGUAUUGCACAGACACACACCACCCUGAGCAGUGCAGGUCUGCAGACCCGUCCUGUCACUCAACAAGACCUGGUCGCUCCAUCUGGCGCGCCGACGGCUCCUCCAGCUAAUGCAGCACCACCUACAGCACCGCCUCCGCAUCUCAACCCUGACCCCAUCUCUGCCGCCCUCGCCCAGACUAUUGCCCAGGGAAUGGCACCGCCUGUCUCAAUGGCUCCGGUUGCAGUUUCUGUGGCGCCGGUUGCUGUGUCCAUGGCACAACCGUUACCGGGCAUCACCAUGAGCCAUGCAACCACGCCAAUGGUAACGUAUCCCAUCGCUAGUCAGAGUAUGAGGAUCACAACCUUGCCUCAUUAGCAUGGGCAGAUGACGUCAGCAAUAUAUAUUAAAAAACUCCAAAUCAGGCUGAACUUUCUCGAAAUUCUUUCUCUUUACUGAGAAAUUAGCUUUCUCAGGUGAAGGAUGUGUUUUGACUGAACAUGCGUACAGGUUUCUGUGUACAGUAGGAUUUUCUUUUGUGAAUUUAUGGAAUAUAUUUCAGUUUUUUCUUGCCAUGCUUUAGCGGAUGAUUGCCUUUAAGAGACUCUUGGAGACAUUUGAGGGAUGUGACUGUUAUGCUAAUCACUACAGAAGGAUUGUGAAUUUACUCGUUAGCUGUUUUGUUAAUUUUUAUGUGUCUGAGCUGAUUAUUAGUCUUUUGCACAGAAAUAAUGAACAAGGUACUGUAUGUUAAACACUUUUUAAA